UGCAGCUUUUUAAUUUGUACUCGAUCCACUUACAAAUAUUUUGUCCCAUAUCUAACGCAUUGGCAGCCCUUGUAAACAUUUACCUAGCUACAAAACACUUCAGUUUCUUUAGUCCUUUUGUGUAAAGCUUUUGUGCCUGCUGGUCUCAGGCCCAACCAUAUGACUUCUAUCCUGUACCUUCCUUUAUACGUGUAUGACUGUAGCUUCAGUUGUAUGAACAGUACUGUACAAACUUGCCUAUGAGGUAGCCAUGGGAGGUGACAAAGUCUGCAAACAGUACUACUGUGUCUUAAUAGUGAUAUGCAGCUGAAAGAAUCCAGUUACUUUAUCAUGUAUUUGAUUUUGAAUGCCUUUUGUCUGGAUUUCCUUGUGCAGAACCUGACAGCUCACCCCUUUCUUAAAGGAAUGCUGAAGUUAGCAAGAUGUUCUUGAAACAGUGUCAGAUUUAAAAAUUCAUCCUGUGUGAAAAUUCUGGUGUGGUAGCAAUUAUCUGCAUUUUAGGAUUUUCUUUCUGUGUAACAGAAGUGGGUAGCAGGGGACUGGUCAGCCUGAAAAAUAUCAUAUAAUUCAAAAGGCAAUAAACCUGUGUGUAAAUAGUUUUGUAUGAGGAAAUAAAAUACCAUCAGGUAGAUUGAAAAAGUGCAAUGAAAUACAAUUUCCACAUCUUAGUAACUUUGAGUUACUUGAUUCGUAGCAAAUUUUUUCUCCCUAGAGGUCAAAAAUAUGUUGAGACUAUAUGAAACAAUUUCAUAUAAGGUGUGGUUUCACAGAAUAAGUCUGGUGUUGACGUAAGCUCUCUGCAAAUGUACUUGCUACGAUGCUCUUUGGCUUGCUUGAAACUGAUGCUAAAUGCAGGUACUACUUUUACAGAGGUAGGAAGUGCUCUUACCAGCAAGGGAACGGAUUCUAUGGCUAGGCCAUUAAUACCCAUUAAUGCUUCUGUGCCAUCUAGCAAGCUUCCAUGUCUGAGAGAAUUUGUCUUCAGUAAAAUCCACCAAGAAUCAAUGGCAUGAGGUUAUUGCAGCAACGAAGACUAAGGGAUGUGUCUGCAGGAAUGCAUAGGAGGUAUGUAUCCAUGAGGAUAUAAAGCCUGAUAAGAUCUUUUUAAGUAGUCCAGCCUUCUCUUGUCCAAAUGUUAAUAUUGACCUGGACUGAAUCUGUAGGGGAGACACAGUACGGAAGCUAUUUAGGGACACUUAAAAUGAAUGAGAACGAAAUGUAUACUUGUACAAAUGAGCAAUGCUAUUUCUACAAGUCACUGCAAUCCCUACAGGUUGUUUUCCUAAACUAAUUGUAAAAGGAAGACUACCUUUACCUGCUGCUGCCUCCUUGAGGAAGAACUGUAACUGUAAAAUAUCAUACAAUAAAACAUGAGAACAAUAUUUGAGGAAAAACUACUUUUCAAGAUCACAAGUUUGUUUUCUGUGACAGCAGCCAGUCUAUCUAGCCAUUAGCUGCCCAAAAAAGUCUUCACUCAGUGCACAAUCAGAUAGGUAAAUGCAUUCUGCCCUAAAUAUGAGAAAACAAAACUGGAGACAGGUCUCCUCACACUCAUCCAUAAAAUUCAACCAAGAAGUAUCAGCAUUUCUCACAAAGUGGGUCUUUAACUGGGACCUCAUCUCUGCACUUGUACCCAGGUUGUAUGUAAGCAAAAAGUAAAAGAAACAAGUUACAGCCACUAUAUCAGUCAAACAUUUACUCUAUUUUGUGAGUUUAUUGGUGCAAAUAUUUUUCCUGUGAGUGGCGUUUAUCUUUUCACCUUAUACAGAGGGUGAGGUUCUUAUCUUAACUCUCAAGCCAAAGGAGAAAUACUUUGUUCUAAACUCUCAAGAUUGUUUCUUACCCAGUCUGUCCUUUAAAUACCAACAGCAUUUAACUUUUCUCAAGGUGAUAAGCUCUUAAUGAGGUGUUACAACUUCAGUUAUUUUAUGAAAUUCAAAAUUAAUGUAUGGUUGCAGAUAGACUUGCUUGAAUUUUCAAAAGGAAUAAAUUAAUACACACAUGGUAUCAAUACAGGAGAAAGAUUUAGAUUAGUGCUAAAUAAUAACCCCUUUGAAGUUUUCUUGUUAUUUUGAGAUUAGCUGUGGCUAAAACUCAAGUUUUAGACUUGACAGAAUUACUUCUGAUGGAUAUGGUUGUUGUAUGCAACAAGAAUCAUGCUUAUGCUUUGAGGUAGCUUCAUAAACAGCUUCCAAUACUAACAUGCUGAAAAAUAUGCGUUGGAUGGUAACAGUAUUGUUCUUGGAUGCUGUAGAAGUAUGCAAGAAAUGUUACAGCUGGUUCUUGGAGAGGUGAGAUCAUAGCCGAGACUUAAGAAUUCAGACUCCUUGUGCAGCUAUGACAGAUCAGUUGUGUACUUUCCUUGUCAAAUGGGAGAUAAACGUCUCUCCGAGGACUUAGUGUAGUAUGCUUGAUUUUUAAAAGUGCUUUGGAAAUAUGAAGCGUGAAGUGACUUGAGGAAGUAUUUUCUAUUUUACCAGCAUUUCUUGUUACAGCCAUUUAGAAGUGUUGCUAAUAAGAUAUAAUUUCCUGUUCUUCCAAUUAACAUUCCUUUCCACUUGAACUACUACUUUAUUACCUGAAAGUAUAAGGAAAUACCUUGCAUUUCAUCAGUGUGAGAGAUUUAUGCUGGGCUCUGUGUUACAUUUAAAGUAUUUAAGUGCAUAUUUAUUACCACCCAUGUUUCCGUUCUAGAGGAGAAUAUGGUUCUUCCUCUGUAGUGCAAUGAGUUUUUUUCAGAAUGCUUUCUUUGAGCACCUGGUGUAAUACCCAGUUACUGAUAAGACUAUUUUUCUUUUUGUAUAUAGUCACAGAUGCAUUGGCAGUGCUCAGAAGCAUGCAAUAGAGCUCGAGGGACAGAUGAGAAUAGAUGAUGUGAUGAGAGCUAGUGAAGGUAGGGACGUCAUCCAGUCCGGGGGUUCGUACUUGAAUAAAAACAUCCUAUUGGUGUGGCUAAAACAGAUGAAUUUGUCUCAUAAUCUGGCAUGCCUAAAGAAGUUCUUAAAAAAUAAGCAGCCUAGUUUUUCACAGCUGCAAGACAAAAUGGGAGAGAAGAUGAAACAGCAGAAAGCAAAUAAGAGAUGCUAAUACAUGUAAAGGAUGUCCCAACAUACUGCAGAGAGGAAUACUGAAGUUGCAAUAGCUAUUUUUUUUUUCUAUUAUUAGACUGACAGCUUAAUGUAAGAGAUACUAUCUCUAUUUGCAAGCCUUGCCUCUUGUUUUAGACUCAUGGCUGUAACAUUGUUACCUCUAUGGACAAGAAGGGUAUUCCUGUCAUGAGACACUGGAUUUUUCAGUGGUUUCCAUUUUUUUUCCAUUUUAUUUCUUUGCUAUUAUUCUAGAUAGUGCAAACCCAGUUAAAAAAAUAAAAAUUGUUCUUAUCUUUCUGUUGGAAGAUGCAAAGGAUUUGGAAGCUUUAUGCUGAGGAGAAAGCACUGAAUAUAUAAACAGGUUAUUGUGCCUUUCUGAAUACUACAUGAGGUUACAUAAAUGGUUUGAACUUUAAAGUUCAGAAAUUUUAAAUCAUAGUAGCUUAAAUCUAACAACAUCCUUCAUACUUUUUCUGUAAAACAAAGUAGGUAUCUUUUUGCAAACUUAAAGUAAAUGGGAUAAAAUUAAAUGCAAAAAUUACUUGCAAAAGACAAUCUGGGCAUUUUAUUAAAUAUUGAAAUGCUAUUUACUGUCUUUCAAAAAUAUUUCAGAUGGUUACUAAGUGGAGCUGUAUAAUGUAGAAAAAAUAAGAUUCCUUGAGUAAUCAUGCAAAGUUGGUAGCUUGAAAAAAAUGUCAGUAAUUCAACAUGUGACCUUCCCUGUAUUUUGACUAUAUUUAAACUGAUACUUUACUUGUUAGGAUAGUGAAUAUAAAUAUUUAUCCCAAUCUUACAGGUAAGACAAAGGUCAUGAAGCCAUUUGGUCAAAGCAGCAGAAAUGCAUUGUCUAUCUUGUUCUUUUUAGCACUGUUUUCUUGAGAGAUUUAGCAGUGUCGUAAAGCUCAUGUGGAUGAUAUAGUUUAUAUAGAAUAAUCAGGAGGAAUCUCAUUUAGUGGUAUUCUUUUCCGGGCAUCUAAAAUAAAUGUUGACUAGCUGUGUGUUUAAACUUAAAUCCAGAACUGCUAAGUGCAGUAAAGGAAGCAACUGAUGUAAGAACUAUAACAGUUAUAGCAGAACUUUAACUGUAAAGGCUUCCUACUGUAAAUGCGUGUUCAGUAUUAUUACAUAACUGCAGCAGUGGGCUUUUUCUAAUAUGGGAAUAUUUCUUGUCUAGCAGAUCUUGUUAAGUCUUUUCUUGACACUCCCAUGACUCUGGUUCUAAACAUACCACUUCACAUGCUUUCUCCUAUUUGAGAUAACUUAGUUUCGUAACAGUUAAUCUGUGAUGUACAACAGAAGCCAGAACUAUUUCAUUCUGGUCUUAAAGCUUCCCAAGUAUGCUUUCCAGAUCACACUGGAGUUUAAUCUAGUGCACCUUUCAAACAUACACAGUACAGACCCCUGGGGACUACAGCAUAAAUGGUAAAGGAGUGGCUGAGCAGAGAACAGGACUGUGUUGUUAAGGAGUGCAAAUACAUAGCAAGAAGUCUGCCCAGACCUGGGGAGUUCACAAUUGAAACAAAGGAAACAAAAGAGUGUUUGGAGAUUUACGCCCAGAGAUGCAAUGUGUUUUCUCUCUAUGCAGUGCUGGUCAGUGGAAGAUCAGGUUCUGCAAAUACCUUACGAUUUUUCAGAUAAGUGCUUUUUAAGUUGCAAGUGAAGCAUAGAAGGGUCUGUCUGGUGCUAUUGUCAGGAAUGACAUCGGGUAGAUUCAAAUCAAUGGGGCUGUUCCUACUCAAAAAAUGAUCUUGUGGAGAAACCCUGCAAACUGGUAGCUCUUUUUUCUGUUUCUUCAAGUACCUCUUCAAGCCUGAUUUCUUUGAUCUUCACAGCAAACCACAGGCUAUAAAUCUGGCAUUUCUUUAUGAAUGCUGAAGUGAAUUUAAAUUUCUUCCAUUAUUCAGCAAUAAUAUGGUGUUGCCCAAAGCCAAGAAAAGCUUUGGAUGACAAUGCAGGCCUGUUGUCUUUGGCUCUGCAAGCACUGAAAAGUAGUUUUAUAUAGUAUUCUUACAGUAUUUAGUAUUUAUAUAGUAUUUUUAAUAGUAAUUCACAAUGAGAUUAAUGCUCUGGUGUCUGGUUAGUGCUCUAGUUUCUUCAGGGAAGUGGAUGACAUUUUAUCUGGCUUUGCUCAGGUUUGCUCUCCACAGCGUCUAACAGAUUUCCCUCUCUCGGGGCUGUGGCUGUCUGCAGAUGGACUCCAGUUAGACAUCGCAAGCCAGUCAGUGUGAACUCCUGCAUGCUGCUUUGUCUCUGCUGCCACAGAGUCCCCUUGACCCUAGUAUAAAUGCCCCAUACAGGCUGAGUGGCCCAGGCACCUUUCAAGGGCGGGCUGCUGCUGACCCCUUGCAGCUGAGAGGAUUUCUCAGUGAGCACUCUCCCUGCUCCAGGCAGUGCUCCUUGAGGCACAUUACUCAGCAGGUAGGGCAGGAAGAACAGCUACCAUGAACAGAUGGCCCUUUCUGUCUCUGUUCGAUCUGCCAUCUUGAUCAUCUGUCUUUGUCUAAAAUGCUGCUUUGGUUUCAGAUUGGAGUGUAAAGGAGCCUAACGCAGAAGAAUCCGGAAGGUUGCAGAAGUUUCCACAGCGUGCCUCCUGCAGCUCUGUCUGUGGGGAGGGUGCCAGGAGCUUUCGGCAGCUUGGGUGUGGGGUCAGGGUCUGGGCUCUGCUCUGCCUCACAGAAACCAGGCUGCAGGCUGUUUAAAUUCUCAUUUGCACGCAGGGAAGCGCAUGGCACAGAGCGAUUAUGAGCACUUAAAAGCUGUGCUGCCAGCUGCAGCCGCCUUUAAUAUCCAAGUGAGUCAAAAGGCAGCACUGAGUCCAGCACCUGAUCUCUGAGUAUCUAACCUCCCCUCUAGCCUGCAGUGCGGGCUUGUGGAAGCACAUCACUAGAAAAAGAAAUUUGUUUUUUAAGUGUGGCAUGGGAGAAGCUGUGCCUGACGAAGCGCUGCUCCGUGACCGAAGCGGUACGGCUGUAACCAAGUCCUUUAAACCAGCCCUGAGGCCCCCUCUCCUCACAGAGCCCCCCGCGGGGGGGGGGGGGGCGCUGGGCGGGUGUCCCACCCCCCCUCCUACCCGCCGCGCCCCCGCCCGCCGCCGCUGGGUGGCGCGCGCGACCCGCUGAGGGGAGGCGAGGCGGCGGGCAGGCCCCGCCGGGGGCCGUGAGGCGGAGCGGCGGCCGGGGGCGGAGCGGGGGCUGCCGGCUGCUCGGCCGGGGCCCGGCGAGGCGAUGCUGCGGCCGGGGACACCGCCGGAGCCCCGGGCGGGGGCUGAGGACAGCGAGAUGGAUGUGGCUGCUACUCUGUCAUUUGUUUUUGUGGAAACCGAGUCCUCUGGCGGCUAAGGUGGCAGCGCUGGAGGAGGCCGUGGAGGAGCUGCUGGGCCAGCUGGAGGCCUUCUGCGGGCUGACGGAGGCGAUUAGAAGCGAUACAUCAGAGAUCCUGGAAGAGACCAUUCCACUCAUUAAAGACAAGGCAUUUGUUAAAAUGGUUGCACACCAUGUUUCCUUCCUAGAAGAGCAAGUGCUUGAAGCAGAGAAGAGCCAUGGAACUUUUCUUAAUGCUGUUUGCAAAUUGUUUCAAUGUGCAACUAUCCCAUCUUUUAAAAACAGUCGUCCUCCAUCAGUAGCACACUCCUAUGAUCUGCCAAAACUCUACAGAACUGAAGACUAUUUUCCUAUGAACUACGUUGCUCAUCAGAUGUUAAAUCCAGAAGAUGCAGCCAACUGAAUCAGUGCCUGAUUUUCAGGUAGCUAAAUCUUUACUACUGCUUACAAGAGGCACUAUUGCACCAAAGACUGUGACAGCCCCAGUGUUUACUGUGAACAGCUGCAGGCAAAGACGUCUUCGAAGAAGGGCUGCAACAUCUCCAGCUGUAAAAUGGCAGCAAGCUACCAUCAUGUUUGCAGAGGUACCAUAUUUUUUACUCCAAGGGCUCUAAUUUCUAAAUUGGUUUGCAUUUCUAGCAGAUGAGUCUGAGCACUCCAAAGAGCUAAAUUACCAUGCAGCAUAAAUGCAUUGCCAGUUCAUAAACCAAAAAUAAAUGUUCAGGGGCUACUACAAAAAACAUUUUGUAACUCCAGAUAAAAGUCUUACAUAAAAAUUAAUACAGGUGCAAUUUUUAAAAAAGGGACCUACCUACUGUAAACACCUACUGUUUGUCAGUUUUACAUAUUUGAUGCCAAGGUCUUGAUACAGGUACCUUAGAACUCAUAACAGAUCUUGAACUGACUGCUUCUUAAAAGUGAAAUUUACACUUCCAUACAACUUUUCUAAUAAUUUACCUCAUUUGUCAUUGCACACCUUUUUUUUUUUUUCCUAUC